CCGGAGUUGGAGUUGUUCGUGGGAAUGGAUAUGGAUCCUUCAAUCCAGGACCAGGCCCGGGCUUGGAUAGAGAAGCUCUUGGCCGUGGAUUCGCGCGGCAGCAAGUUGAAAGCUUACACUCAUGUCAGAAACUUCAAGUACAUCAAGUCGGUGCUUGGCGGCGUCAAUGAGAACCUGCUUGACGUUGGGGUGAACGACAUCUUGAUGGACCUUGGAAUCUCAUCCAUACAGGUGGAUGACUCUAAUGGGGAUUUAGUGUGCAAGGUGAUGGACCUUUGGAUAUGCGCAUGAAUCCUCAGGCAAGUUUGACAGCUGAAGAGAUAUUGAAUUCUUGGUCUACUGCGGAAGUGGAAAAGGUACUACGUGAAUAUGGAGAAGAAAGCAAUUGGAAAUUUAUUCAAAAUCAAAUUGUUGAAGCUCGUGCACAAGGGGGAUUGCAUACUACAGAUGAACUUGUGCAUCUUGUGGGAAGAGCAUCAUCCAAGUCAGGAGAAUCUGGAAGUUUGGAAGUUUCAUCACCCUUGAUUAACCAAGUGACAAAAGGUGAAGUGCUUGCCUCUAACACCCCCGUCAACUUACUUGAAGAUCAACAUAGAGGAGGUAAAUUAUGAUGACUGAGGACGUAAAUGGAUUGGAUGGUGAGUUACACGGGAUCCAAGACCUCAUGUCAUAAACAACCAUCCAUUUACCAUCUCACCUAUGGGGGCAUAGAAAGGAUCAAACAAGCUUCCAUGGAAAGUGUUUCCUCCAUUAUGCUCAAGGUUAGUAACGAAUUAAUGCUGGAUUUUAUAAUAUCAUCACAAAUAAAAUGUAUUUGUUUCUUUAUUUCUACUCGAAGACCGCUUGUUGGAAUCGGUAUAAUUUGACUAAGGCUCAUAUUUCCACUAGAUCGUAUUGGUGUUUGGUGAUACACGGCUUCUAUCUAUAUAUAAUUUAUCCUUGAAUUCUAGUGUUUGUAGAGGCUUGCAUCUCUUUUGCUUUUAUUCUUUUGUCGAAAAAGAUUAUUUGUCUCUAUAUUUUGAAAAAAUAUUUUGG